AUGCCGCUCUGCUUUGCCAAUACCGCCCUCUCAUCACCUCACCUCCGCUCCUGUAGCGCCCUCAACACCGUCCUCGCCUCUGCUGUCCGAAGCUUUGCGGAGAGCUUCGAUACCUUCGCGUUGGAGAUUGAGAACGCCGUCGCAGCAUCAAGUCAGACGGGAACUGGUGAGGCCCCAGUUUUCCAAAGGGCGGACGUGGGGAAGGUGAAGGGCAUGGGAGAGGUAGUCGGGGCGAAUGGCAGAUGGGGAGUAGCCGUGAGCUGUCGAUCGCUGGAUGACGAAAAGGGUAACGGAAAGGGCCAGCGUCCACGCAUAUAG